AGACACCCACCACCGACCCUUCAAAUCCUUAGUGCACACCAAGUCGGCUUCACAUCCUGCCAACUACCUACCGAUCUAAGCCGCACUCUGACCCCGCUUUUUUUCGGUCGUCCCUGGCGGUUGUCGAGAGUCAAGUGACGGAUAUAAGCAUCACCAAUGCCGCUAAAACAUCGAAGUCCAGCAAGAGGUCAAAAACGUACCCCGGCUUCGGCAACAUCAAGCGAAUACGACGAAGAAACCUCCUCACAGCACAGCGAGGAUUACGACGAUUCGCUGGCUGACGAGGACGACGAGGACGACGAAGACCAGUGGGGUGAUGAGUAUGACGAGCUCGAUCCUUCGGAUUCAGCCUCAAUAAGCCAAGAGUAUAAACAACGCGCUCUUCCGCGAUCUCACAGUCCGCGUCCGCUCCGUGGUCAGCCGCGCAACCACAGAAUCCCUGUUGGGCGGCAGUCAUAUUCCUAUUACUCUCCAUCGGUCCCGCCAAUGAGUCUCGAUCCUUCCGAGGACUAUCCGGCGUACGCGCGAGGCUACGGCGGCCCGCCACAGCCGCAAAACCAAGGCGCCUUCUACGGCGCUAGGGGCGGCCAUCAGUCGGCCGGAUAUGCGCAGAGCCACGUCGGCUACAUGCCGAAUCACUACGCCAGCCAGAUGGUGCCCUAUAAUGAAUACCGAAACCCCUUCGCCCCGGCGCCAAUGGCCGGGACUGGCCCUGGCUUCUUUGGGAAUGAGCAUCGGGGUGGCCACGGCCACUACGACAUCAUGCCCUAUCACCAGGGCCCCGGUUACUAUGGCGCCGGUGGGGGGGCAGGUUACGGUAUACCGCCACCGCACCUGCAGCCGUACUUGUACAACGCACCUCCGCCGCCCCCAACGGAAGCGCCCGCGCCCAAACCGCCAACCCCUGCCCCGCCCCCUCCCGAGAAGAACCCGGAGGUGGAAGCACUCAAAGCGCAGCUCGCCAAAUUUGAGGAAGAAGAGAAGAAAAAGGCCGAAAAGGAGCGGCUGGAGGAAUUGAAGAGGAGGAUGCAAGAGGAGGCUGCAGAGGCGAUCAAGAGGCAAAUGGAAGAAAUGAAGAGGGUGCAGGAGGAGCAAAAGAAGGCGGUUGAGCAAGCACAAGCCGAGGCCGCAAAGAGGGCGCGCGAGCAACUGGAGGAAGAGAGACGAAAAGAGGAGCAGAGGAGGAAGGAGCAACAGGAACAGCUAGAACGCAUCCAGCGCGAGACCCGUGAGCGGCUCGAGGCCGAAAGGAAGGCAGCCGAGGAGCAGAGGAGGCGCGAAGCCGAAGCCGCUGCCAAGGCCGAGGCUGAUGCGCAAGCCAGGAUCAAGAAGGCCAUCGAGGAAGAGCAGGCACGAAUCAAGGCCCAAAUCAAGGCCGAAGAAGAAGCCAGGGCCGCCGCUGAGAAGAAGGCGGCGGAGGAGCAGGCGCGACUCAAGAGGAUCGAAGAGGAGGCCCAAAAGAAGAUCGAGGCGGCUCUCAAGGAGCAGGAGGAGAAGCUGGCGGCCGCCGUCAAGGCUGAACGCGAAAAGUUUGAAGCCGCCCAGAAGGCCGAAGCCGAAGCCAAGGCCGCGGCGGCGAAGAAGGAAGCCGAGGAAGCCGAAUGGCGCAAGAAGCUCGAGGCCGAAGCCAAGUUGAAGGCCGAGAUCGAAGCGCGAGAGAAGCUCGAGGCCGAGCGCAAAAAGGCCGAGGAAGAGAGGCUCGCCGAGGAGCAGAGGAAGAAAGAAGAGGAAGCCCUCAAACAAAGGCUCCUCGAGGAAGCCAAGGCUAAGGCGAAGGCCGAGGAGGAGGCUGAAAAGAAAAAGGAGAAGGCGCCCAUCAAGUUCAAGGACGCCGUCGGCCGCAAGUUCAGCUUCCCAUUCCAUCUCUGCCAGACAUGGCAGGGUAUGGAAGAACUCAUUAAGCAGGCCUUCCUCCAUGUGGAUGUGAUCGGCCCACAUGUUCAAGAGGGCCACUACGACCUGAUCGGCCCCAACGGCGAGAUCAUCCUCCCCAGCGUCUGGGAAAAGGUCAUCGAACCCGACUGGGCCAUCACCAUGCACAUGUGGCCCAUGGACAAGGCCCCGCUCCGCAAUCAACAGGUGCCUCCCAUGCCCCCCGGCGCCAUCCCCCGGCCUCCCCACCACAACGGCCGGACAGUCCACGCCAACGGACCCGUCCCCUUCGUGCGCCCGCCAAGUGCCCAUCCAGGAGGUGCCGGCGGCAUGCAGAUCCCGCGUCCCCCGCCGAACGGCGUCUGGCCUAAUGGCGGUGCUGUGCCAGUCGGGGCACCGCGGGGGGCCCGGCCGUCGGCGGCUCCGCACAUUGUAACAGUCGAGCCGGAAAAGCCGAAGCGCAAGGACAAGGGGGCGCCCCAGGGGAUGCUCAGCUGGAUGGUUGGCGCCAAGCCUAAAUCCAGCAGUACUAAGAAGUAUGUUGGCCCCAUCCCUCCCAAGGGAGCGAGACGCCCCGAUUCAGCCCAAGCCCGUGUCCCUACACCCGCAUCCGCACCCGCACCCGCACCCGCACCCGCACUUGCACCUCUUCCCCCCAGCAAGCACAAGCCCAAGAACAAAGCCCGGCCCUCGUCCCAGAAACACUACCCCUCGUACAUCUUGUACCCUGCCCAUCUGUGGCUUCCCAAGUCUGUUGCAUUCCCUCCACUUGUCGAGUUCGGGCUGUAGCUCGGCCCCGUGCAAUUGGUUGGUCGAUUAAGACGGCGAUGCUAACGCGGGUAUCUAUAUAGGAAGAAGCAUUAAAAACGAGAGAACACCUGUUUCUUAAACUCAGUCUGACUGCUCACUGCCCGGAUUCGCGACUGAUUUACUCCCUCGUGAUGGAGUUAUAGGGAAGACGAGCGACGAGGUCAGCGAUGGCCUUCUUCACUUCCUAUCUUGACAACCAUUCCUUGCAACUUGCUAUUUGGUUUGGCUUUUUGAUACCAUGUCGCCUACGGUCUCCCCCCCUUUUGAUUUUUUUCCCCUCUCUUUUGCUUUUCUGUUGGUCCUGUGCUGCUCAGUUUGUUGGGAUAUCUCCUCCAGUUCUGUGCCUCUUUUUGUUCCCCUAUUUUCUGCGGCGUGGCGUAACGGUCUGAUCCGAUCUGAUGUGUGGUCUGGUCUGGUCGAGCGUGACGCAUUGCUGCCGGAGUACGAGGAGUAUGAGGAGUAUGAGGAGUAAGGGGUGGGUGGGG